GGCAGAACAGGCUGAUGCGCUGCGCCUUUAGCGGACCAACAAUCCAUGAUCGGUGUUGCCUUUCGCCCUGUGCCUUUCGCUCUGUCUCUCUUCCAAUCCACUUCGCUUUACUCUCUCUCUCUCUCUCUCCCCACUUGCAUUGUUUAUGCCCUAGAAUUUGCAAACCCAUCAAGUCUUUCUUCUUCGGUUAGUCGAUAAUUUAAAUCCAUCUUACAUUAGGAUUUUGAGUGUGAAUAUAUAUGGUAAACAUAAAUUGUGUAUAUCUGUAAGUAGGAGACAAAGAUGACUUCAUCAGAGAGAAUAUCAGCGAAUCUGAAGCUCAUUGAUUCGAAGAAAAACCGCAUACAGAAGGCAAUUCUUCUGCUAGCUCUCGAAUGGAAGGAUCUCGAUGGCCACUUGGAUUCGACCGAGAAAUGUUUGGAGGGUUGCGUCACUGAACUCGAAUCGAGAGAGAAGAAUUUGGAGUCUAUUCGUGAAUCAGUAAUCGAAAGCAACGAAGAGCUUGAUUUGAUUCGGAAAUCGAUCGAGUCACGCGUUCAAGAACUUGAGAGUAAAGAGAAGAGUUUUCAUGCUUUCCAACAAGAACAGAUCGAAGAUUUGAAGUUGAAAGAGAAACAAGUCAAUGUAAUUCGAAGGUGGACCGAGGAACGAAUCGAAGAUGUUGAGUUGAGAGAGGAAAGGCUCAGUGAGAAGCUUGAGGUGGAGAAGAAGCAUUUUGAAGAAAUCCAAAAAUCGAUCGAUCAACAGCUCGAGGAAGUCACUUUCAAAGACAAGUUUUUUGCGGAUCGUUCUAAAGAAAUUGAUUCAAUUCAACGUUGGAUAGAGAGGCGCGUCAAAGAACUUGAUACGAAAGAGGCACAUGUUGAAGAGAGGUCCAAAGAACUUGAGUUGAUGCAAAAUUUGAAUGAAGAACGUUGCAAGGAACUUGAAUUAAAAGAGAAGGAACUUGAUUCUGUUCAAAAAUUGAAUGAAGAAAGGGCUGAGAAUCUUGAUUCGAAAGAGAAGCAACUGAAUUCUGUUAAAAAAUAUGUCAAUCAAUGCUUUAAGGAUUUUCAUUCAAAAAACAAGCAACUCAAAUUGGACCAAAAACUGUUUGAAGAGCUCAGUAAGGAACUUGAAUUGAAAGAGAAGCAACUUGAAGAACGGUCUAAAAAAAUUGAUUUGAAAGAGAAGCAAUUUGAUAAUGCCCUUCAUUCCCAUGUACAGGUUGAGCAAGUGGAAUGUGUGUCAGAUGAAAAUGUAAGUAAUUGUUUGUCUGCAGAUGAUGAAUUUGUAGUCAGAAUGGAUGGGAGGAAUUUGCAGAUGUUCCUAAAUGAGCGUUCGAAGGAUCAUGAGUCAAUGGUUUUUGAAGUUUGUAGAGCUCUUCAAUUGUCAUUGGACCCUGCAAAGCUAGUCCUGGAUGCAAUGGAAGGGUUUUACCCUCCCCAUUUGAAGAAGGGAGAUGUCGAAUUCGAAGAGGGCGUAGUAAGAAGGAGUUGCAUUCUUUUACUAGAGCAGUUAAUGAAAAUCUCUCCGCAGAUUCAACCUCAUGUGAAAGAAGAGGCGUUGAAACUUGCUCGCGAGUGGAAGGUGAAAAUGAUAGCGGUGCCCAGUAACUCUUUGGAGGUUUUGGGUUUCCUGCAUCUUUUAGCUUCAUACAAGUUGGCUUUUGGUUUUGAUACAGAUGAGCUUUUAAAACUUUUUGAGGUUGUUGCUGAGCAUGAACAAGCACCUGAAUUAUGUUGGGUCCUUGGUCUCGCAGAUAAGGUUCCUGAUCUCAUUGAAAUUUUUGUCAAUAAGAAACUACAUCUUGUGGCUGUUGGAUUUAUUUUUGCAUUCAAGCUUGUUGACAAGUUCCCACCAGUACCCCUCCUGAAAAAGUACUUAAAAUACUCCAAGAAGGUUGCCAGGAAGAUAUGUCGUAUGCGAAGCUACUCACGUGAAGCACAGGAUAAGGCAAUAGAUGAAAGAGUAGCUUCUAUUAGAGCUGCUAUUAAAUGCAUUGUCGACCACAAGCUUGAAUCUAAAUUUGACUGUAAAAGCCUUAAAAAAUUCAGUGAACAGCUUUUAUUGCAGAAGGAAAGUAACAAACAGAUUAAGCAAGCCUAUCCUAUCAAGACUCGAGCACAACAGUACAGUCAUAAUAAAUUUAUGUCAUCCGCUACUGCUCCUGUGCGCCCCAAAGCUUCUGCCUCCAAAAUCAACUCUAAUUCCCCUACUUUGGCUAGCAUUCUUACCAACAUGGAUGGAAAGAAUUUGCAACUUUUCUUAAUUGAACAUUUGGAAGAGCAUGACAUGAUGUACAAGCAAGUUUCUGAUGCUCUUGAAAAGUCGUUUGACUCAGGAAAGCUUGUUCUGGAUGCAAUGCAAGGGUUUUAUCCUCCACAUUCAAACAAGGGAGGCAUCAACAUUGAAGCAAGUGUUAUUAGGAGUUGCAUUUUUUUAUUAGAGCUGUUGAUGAGACUCUCACCGCAGAUUAAACCUCAAGUGAAAGAAGCAGCAUUGAAACUUGCAGUUGAAUGGAAAGCAAAUGCAGUACUGAACACAAAAAAUCCAUGGGUGAUCUUGGGUUUUUUGUUACUUGUAGGUUCCUAUGAAUUGGCCUCUGCUUUUGAUGCAGAUGAACUUCGUAAUCUUUUUCAGAAUGUUGCAGAGUAUAGACAUGCCCCUGAAUUAUCUCAAGCCCUUGGUUUCUCAGAAAAUAUUUUUGGUGAGUUGGCAGAAAAUCAGCUUUGUUUUAGCUCCCUCUCUAAUUAUCUAUCAUAAGAUGCCUGUGUGUGUGUAUGUGUGACACACAGGUAAAUUAGAUUUUCUGGGGGUGUUUAGGAAGAGAUUUUUUUAGGUUUUUUGGGCUAAAAUAACAUUAAUACGCUAAAAUAACCAACAAGACAAAAUGUCACAUCAAACCUAUAAUCAUUUUAUCCUUUCUGACACAAACAUCAUAUCCAACUAUAAAAAAAUCCAACAAACUUCCCAAACAUAAUUAUUUUAGCCUACUAAAAUAGGCAGAAUCUAAAAUAGCCUACUAAAAAAUCCAACUUUCCAAACACCUACAUUAUGUCGCAUGAAAGGUUGCCCAUUCUAUGGAUUUGGAAUUUUAAAUAUAUAUAGAUAUUUUGGUUUGAUUUUGAAAUCAAUUUUUGAGAGCUUAAAAUCCAAAAUUUGUUUGGUUUACAAUUUUCUCAACAAAUUUUUUGAUCACUUUUUCUAUCUCCUCUCUCCU